AGUAAUCUCAAGUUAAUAAUCAGAGCACACGUUCAGUGUUAGCAGAAAGUUGAAGAAGAUGGAGAUCGUUCUGAGCUGUUGUUCGAGAGACUGAGAGCGAGUAAAUGAAUGAAAAACCUCUCUCAUCUCAAUUAAAACCCAAGACUGGAAAACUCUCCUCAUUCUUUACCGGAUGCUCGUGGUGGCUGUACUAUUUAACGAACUAACACACAAUUAAAGACAACACAACAGGCGGUGAGGUGGUGCUAACCGUUAACUUGCUAGCAUGGGCGGUGAAGUGGAGCUAACCGUUAACUUGAUAGCAUGGGUGGUGAGUUAGAGCUAACUGUUAACUUGCUAGCAUGGGCGGUGAGGUGGAGCUAACCGUUAACUUGCUAGCAUGGGCGGUGAGGUGGAGCUAACCGUUAACUUGAUAGCAUGGGUGGUGAGGUGGAGCUAACCGUUAACUUAGCGGUGCCAUUGGCAGUGUUGGGUUUGGCGCCGUCAGAAAUCAACUCUGAGAAAAGAAGAGAGAUGCGACUGAAAGAAGCAGCACCAAAGCCCAAAGCCCUGGAUGUGGUUUCUGGGUCGCCUGACCCCCAUCAGCGGACCUGAGGUCAGCUGGGAGAACGGCUCUGAGGAACAACGAGGCUGGCAGAGAAACGAUGCCAGAAGUUGUUUUCAGGUCUGCGAGGAGCAGAAGUGCGAGGAAGAAGUUUUUCCUCUGGCCAUGAACUACCUGGACAGAUUUUUAGCGAUGGUGCCGAUCAAGAAAUGCAACCUGCAGCUGCUGGGCGCAGUCUGCAUGUUCCUGGCCUCCAAGCUGAAGGAGACGCGGCCAUUAACGGCAGAGAAGCUCUGCAUCUACACAGAUAACUCCAUCAGGCCGCAGGAGCUGCUGGAAUGGGAGCUGGUGGUUUUAGGGAAGUUGAAGUGGAACUUGGCGGCGGUGACACCGAACGAUUUCAUCGAGCACAUCGUGCGGAGGCUGCCGCUGGCCGACGACAAGCUGGUUCUGAUCCGGAAACACGUCCAGACCUUCAUCGCGCUCUGCGCCACAGAUUUCCGAUUCGCCAUGUAUCCCCCCUCCAUGAUCGCCACAGGAAGCGUGGGGGCGGCCAUCUGCGGCCUGCAGCUGGACUCAGCCGACCAAUCCCAGUGGGGCAACAGCCUGACGGACCUGCUGGCCAAAAUCACCAACACAGAGGUGGACGUUCUGAAGGAGUGCCAGGAGCAGAUCGAGCGCGUCCUGGAGAGCAGCCUGCGUGAGGGCCGGCAGCAGCAGCAGCAGCAGACGCAGCGGGGCCCCAGCGGGAAGGGCCUGGAGGAGCUGGACCAGGCCUCCACGCCCACAGAUGUCCGUGACGUGAACUUGUGAAGCACCAGAGGGCGCCGUUGCACAGGAUUUACAAGAAUCUUUUUUUUAAAAACUUUCAGUCUUCAUAAAAGCAGAAAAAAAGAACAAAUGAGCAAAAAAAUCGUUAAAAACAAAAGGCCUUUAAAGAAAUACAAGGACAGUGCUGGCUAGUUUUGUAGUUGAUCUUUUCUUCAAGCAAAAACAAAAACAAAACAAAAAAAAACACACAAAAACUCCUGCACAUGAAAUAGAUUUUCUCUGAUGCUCUAGUGCAAAAGCAACAAGCCUGAUGAAGCUGCAGUGCCUUGGAUGCAGAAGGGAAUCGUUCUGCCUUUCGAGCUGCAGACAGGAGAACUGCAGAGAUCAUCCAUUUUCUAUUUUUAUUUGCAAAGAUGAUUUUUUUUUUUUAACCGUCUGCAGGCGGUGGAAGAAGAGGAUGAGUCCUCUGCUGCCAGAUCGUCCAUCUCUAUGGACAGACAGAACUGUGUAGACCAGACGGUCCCGUUGCCAGGCAACCGCUGGAACAAUAACAGUUAUUAGUAAUAUUUAUAAUUAUUGAUACCAUCAGAAAUAUUUUGGAACUUCAUGAGCUCCUUUGGUUCAGGCUGCUUGUUUGCAUCAGUUUGAGGAUGCAGCUGGCUGGAGAGAGAGAGAGAGAGAGAGAGAGAGAGUGGUGUGUGUGUGUGCGUUUGUUUCUAAUACCUUGUGGGGACCAUUCCCCUGACAUUUACCACGUUGUGGCGACCCACUGCUCUUUGUGGGGACUGAAGCCUGGUCCCCACAAGGGGAAACGCUGUUUAUGUGUCAGGGGUCAGAUUGUGUGUGUGUGUGUGUGUGUGUGUGUGUGUGUGUGUGUGUGUGUGUGCGUGCGUGGGCGUGUGUGUGUAAAGGCAGUUCAGUCUCGUGCUGCAGCUGACCUGAGCUAACGGGGGACAGGAGCGUUAGCAGAGAGACACUUUGUCUCAUCAGCGUUUCACCUCCGACUCAGAGGUUCUUACUGCCGGGCCGGGGAGGGGCCGGGGCACGGCCCUCAGUAGCUGCACAGAGUGCAGGAGGAGCUGCAGAGGUUGGAGCGGAUCAGGCAGAAUCAUCUGAUGUUUUCCUCUAUGAGUAGCUGAACCCGAGGGCCAGGGGCCCGCUGGGGUCCCAUCCAGCUUGAUUUUAAUAGCUAAGCACUUUGAGGUGAAACUCAAAUCAAACGGCCUCCGGGUCAGGAGUGAGGGGCUUUCAUUCCUCAUUUCUCUGGAUCCCAACCAGAACCAGAACCUGCUGCAGUGUGUCCUCCAGUCCUGCUCAGACAUUCCUGAUAAAACUCCUUCCCAGAUGAUCCAAACAGAUAGUCAUGCAGAGCCCGAUCGGAUUGGUUCGGAUCUGGAGUCUCUGCUCUGAUGGGGCCCGUGUUUGUUUGUGAUGUUUGUAGCCACAACAGGCUCUGUUCAAAAGAACCCAAACUUUCUCACGCCACUUCCCCAGAAACGGCUCCAGUUCUGGUUCCGGUUUCAGGUGGCUGACCCUGGUUUUCAUUUUCCAUGUCCCACCCCAACUUGUUUCUGCCUCGUCAUCCUUUGGCCUGAUGGAAGCUCUCUCCUGAACAUGAUUAUUUUUUCCUGUAGAUUUUGUGCAGCGUGUGUUUUAUGUCGAUGCCGCAGUUCAGAGUGUGUGUGUGUGUGUAUGUGUGUGUGUGUGUGUGUGUGUGUGUUUCUCUAGGGGGCCAUCAGACCCACUGUGGGGGUUUUGGUUUUCAGAUUUACAGAUACUGUAUUCCAAAGUGAAGAGCGGUCCGCGGUGUGAAGACGUCAACAGCAAAAAGUGUGGAUAUUUUAUUGUUUUUUGCGCUGCUAUGAGCUAUGAAUUUUUCAUUUAUACAAAAUAACAUUACCUAGUUGUGAUGUGUCACUUGUGUGCUGCUAUUUUAUAAACAUUUGUAUUAUAAUAUAAUUAUUUUACUGCUUAAGAGAUACAUCCAGAAACAGAGUAGAAGGUUUUAGAAGGUGAGGCGAGAAUUUGACUGGAAAUGUUCCUCGUACAGAUGGAUGGACGGGACGUUUCAUUUCCUGUUUUCUGUUUCCUGUUUCCGUCACGUUCUUCUUCAGGGCGUGCCAUGCCUCAGGAUUACUGGACUCAAUCACACACAGAUCAGUCACAUAUACCUCUGCAGAGGCAGGAGGAACCAUUCCUUCUGUUUCCAUGAGCAACGACAGGAACCAAGCGAGGCUUCAGCUGGACUCUGACCACAACAGGAAGAGAGGAGGAACUUCCUGAACCGCCAUGCAUGUUCAUGCUUGUCUGUGUUGGUGCUACAGCUGACUUGUUCUGUGCUACAGAGGGGAAAAUCCCCAGGAUGGCCAAAGUUUCUGCUUUCCAUGUCCAUGAUCACCAUGAAUGUCAUGAAUAAAAAUGGAUUCUGUAUGUGA